GAGCUGCCGAUACAAAGGCCUGACCCAGAAGAAAUUCUGCGUCACCUGUACCAUCAAGAUCAAGAUCAAGAUCAACCAGCUCAAAUAAAAAAAAAAAAGUCUUGCACUCCCUAUGUCUUUCUCCUGAUCCACUCUUGCCCUAGAGACCAUCGAGCAUUUUGGAUUUCCUGCAUUACGGUCUCGGCUCUCCGCCCUGAGCAUCACAACACUACCUGCCCACGCUUCUGGUGGCCUCAGGCGUCCAGCUGCCCAUCCCUCCUGGCAAUUUGCUGUCCUGUGCCUUCUUGAGGAACACUGGCCAGUUCCCACGCCUGUGAUACCCACACAGGACUACCCCAGGGCUCAUAAGGAUAAAUCUAUAGAUCUUUGCGGCCUGAACAACAACAGUUGAUUCAAAACGUAUGAAACCAAAAGGACACAAAAAGUAUCUAAGCCGGCGCUGUGCUGGGUCCAUCAAACGCACAGCAGGAAAAAGAUCACACAGAGAAGAUGUGGAUCUGAGGGAUACAGGGAUUGUAUUAUGCAGUGUUUUCAGGCGCUCGCCGACCUAAUUGCUGCAGAUGAAUUCUACUGUCAAGAUCUCUGAGGCUGGGAAGAUGGAGCACGUGGAGGUGGAGAUGAUAGAUAUUGGGCGAAGGGGCGGCACUGGCCACCACUACAGGGACAUCCUCUCUGGUGAAAUUGACCAUGUGGAAGUUGAGAUGAUUGAGGCAGAACCAGCAGAAGAUGAUGACAAUGAUGAAGAGGAAAGUCAGUUUACUGAGUACACUGAUCUUUUAGCUAUGGACCCUUUGAGUGCCGACAUGUCAAGCCUGAUGGGACAAGGGGAUCUGUCUGAGGGUGCAUCCUCAGCUGCCUCAGAGGAGGAAGAGGUGCUGGGGCUCCCACAUGUAUCAACAAUGCCAAAUACUUGUGUUGAGCGAGUCCAUAAUGCCAUGGGCCAAGCCAAUCUGCCUUACAACUUCCUGGCUCGAACCACAGUCAUUACGUACUACCCUACCAAGUCUAUCUCCACCAUUGAAGCUGUCGAGACAAGCAACAGCUUCCUUAGCCUUAGCAUGACAGAGACAAUGGGGGAUGACACGGAGGAGGAGGAGGAAUCCAUCUCUGAGCCGGUAGACACGAGGAGUCAAGAGGAGCUGAUCAACCGCCUCAUGACUGAUGGAAUGUCCUUCUCAGAGGUGGCAGCACUGUAUGGUGAAGAUGCUGAUGCAGACAGUGAGAGACCUUCACCCAAAACAGCAGUCAGCAGCAUGAUCAGUUUAUUUAUGUUGAUCCUCAAAGUGGAAGAUCAUGCAGCAGAGUUUGAGAAGGAACUUAAUGAACAGCAAAGGUUCCAGUUGAAGCGAAAGGGAGGGAAAGAAAAGCGCCGGAGAAGGCGGCUGCCAGCUGCACUACAGGGUCUGAUGGGAGAGGCCAACCUACGCUUUGCUCGGGGCGAGUUUGAUGAAGCUAUUAAGAUGUGCAUGGAGGUGAUACGACAGUUCUCACACUCACCAGAACCUUAUCAGACACUGGGAAUGAUUUAUGAAGAGAAGAAAAUGGCUAACAAAUCACUCCAAUUCCUGCUCAUUGCUGCUUUCCUCAGUCCUAAUGCAGAGGAAUGGGAGAAGCUGGCUGAUCUCUCCCUCCACCAGGAAAACAUCCAGCAAGCUGUGUUCUGUUGGGGUCGUGCCAUCAAGGCUAACCCUGAAAACCUGGACUACCACUGGGCCCGCUGUGACCUCCUGGAGCAACUUGGGGAGAAGCUCAAGGCUCUCAAAGGAUACACACACAUGCUGAAGUACCUGAGGAAUGAUCAGGGCAAGGAUGGUCUUAAGCUGGCCAAGGAGAUUGCCAAGAUACAUUAUGAGAACAAGGAUGUCCAUCUGGCCCGUGAUGCCAUGGAAACAGCCUUUAAGAAGUACCCAUCCUAUGUCACCCCUGAGGAUGUUAACCUGAUGCUGGAGGUGCUGAUGCACCAGCAGGAACACUUCCGCUGCAUUGAGAUCCUGGUACAGCAUGGUGGAGUGAAGCUACUGCAUCCGGAUAUGGAUGAGGAGGAGCUAGGCAACCGUGACUUGAAGGAACAGUUGUCUCUUGCCUGUGAGUGCUUUGUGCCAGGCAACCUGCCCAUUGACCUCCGUACCAAGCUGACAGUAGCAUUGGUUCAUGAGCGCGCCUUUGAGUUGGCAGCACCCCUGGUGGAGCUGCUCAUGAAUGAGAGUGAGGAGGAGUUCGGUGACCUGUACCUAGACAUAGCAGAAGCAUAUAUGAGUGCUGAGUACCAUGAGGCAGCACUGCCCCUGCUGCAGCUGUUGAUCAGGUCCAGCCAGUACAAUGUGGCUGCUGUGUGGCUGCAGCAUGGAGAGUGUCUGGCAGCCAUGGACCAGAUGGAGGAGGCAGCUGAAGCUUACAGCAAAGUGGUGCAGCUGGCACCACAACAUGCUGAUGCAAGGCUCACACUCUCUUCCAUCCUCCAGUCACUGGGUCACCUGGAUGAGGCUCUGCUCGUUCUCAAUCAAGAGAGUGACUCUGAACCACUUGACUCUGUGCUGUUGUACCAGCGCUGUAAGAUUCUCUUGGACCAAGGCCAGGUAGAUGACUUUAUCAAUGUGGCCAAGCUGUUGUUCCGUCGCCACUUUAUUCAUAUCAGAAACCGAGAUGAAGCUGAAGCCAUGAUUGGCAACAAGAAGUUGUCCAACAAAUACGAGGCAAUUCGUGAGCUGCGCCGCUCCAAGAAUGAGAAUGUGGAGGACAAUGGGCCGGCCUUCACUGGGCCUGACAUCCCUAUAGAGGAGCAGUGGGAGCUGUUCACCACCAUGUGCCACAACCUACAUGAUAAGAAGAGGUUUGAAGAGCUGGAACGCAUGACUUUUAGUGCUUUAGGCUCAAAGGAGUUCAUGAGAGAAAACAAACGUGCUCGUGAGGUGGAGUUCAUGUGCCUGAUGGCUUGUAUCUACAAUAACAGCUCCUUCUUUGCCUACAACAUUAUGCGGGAGUUGGUCAUGAAGAACCCUGAGAACACCCGCUGCUGGAAUCUGCUCAACUUGAUCAUUUCAAAGGCUGAUGACUUCCGUCACAAUCGCUUCCUGCUGCGCUUGGCUCCAAAGCACCCUGACCUGGUGGCGCUUGGCAUUCUUAAUGGCCACAAUUGCCUGGUGGCUGGCACUUACAAAUAUUCCCUGGCUGAGUACACGCAGGCCUUCAAGCAGGACCCCAACAACCCUCUCAUUCCCCUCAUGCUGGGUCUCACCUUCACUCACAUGGCCUGCCAAAAGUUUAGUGGCAAAAAACACUCUUUGGUAGUACAGGCAUGUGCCUUCCUCAACACUUAUGUGGACAUGCGUGGAGAGUGCCAAGAAUCCAUGUACAACCUAGGCCGGGCAUUCCACCAGCUUAACUUGUUACCACAGGCCAUCCACUAUUAUAAGCAGGCCCUGGAGUGUCCUGUUGUGGGGCAGCUGCCAGAAGGGCCUCGUCUUGACCUGACUCGGGAAAUUGCUUUCAACCUUGCUCUCAUCUAUAAAAACAGUGGCUCUCUGAACCUGGCCAGAAUGUAUAUGUAUAAAUAUAUUAAGAUUUGAAAACAUUCAUAUCUAUAAACCAGACUCAAGCAGACUCUAAUAAAAUUUGACACUAAUUCUA